CCUCUUGUUAUGGCUGGAAGGGAGUUGGUUGGCAAGGAUAAGCUUGUGCUUAGAGGCUUGCAGUUCCAUGGCUUCCAUGGUGUCAAACAAGAAGAAAAGACACUGGGCCAGAAGUUUGUUGUGGAGGUGGAUGCCUGGAUGGAUCUGAGCACUGCUGGCGAAACCGACAGCAUGUCUGACACGGUUAGCUACACGGAUAUCUACAGGAUUGUCAAGGAUGUGGUUGAAGGCCCGUCUCAGAAUCUUUUGGAGUCAGUGGCUCACCGGAUUGCGAGUGCCACAUUGCUUAAGUUCUCUCAGAUAUCAGCUGUUCGGGUAGAAGUGAAGCAGCCCCAUGUUGCUGUACAAGGAAUUAUCGACUAUUUAGGUGUUGAGAUAGUUAGGCAUAAAAAAUACAUGGCUGGGAGUUCAACAGGAGCUGAUUAGCAUACUGAGGAUGACAUGUCAAUGUUCCGUAUGUCGCCCCCGAUGGUGUCUCAAUCACUGCUCACUUUUGCGUUUCUUCAGAUUAAUGGACUGCGACAUUUUAUACCGGAUGUUGCUCUCAGAAGCUGUUCACCUUAAGACUGAUCUAGUUUUAUUGGGGUUGAAGUAUGCAUUGUCAGUUCUUUUUCUAGCCAAAGCUUGGAUGGAGUUGGAAUUCUGGCAUUUCAUAUUUGUCGUGUCCCUCUUGAUAUUUUGCGUAUCGCACCUUCCUUCCCUGGUUUCUGGUCUGUGGUUCUGUAAAUUUUGUAGACUCUUCUGUUCGAUUCUAUCAAAACUGUGAGCAAAUAGGAGCUGUCAUGUGGGCCCCAUGGAAAGCAACACCAAUGAAACUUUAUUGUACCUAGGAGACCUCCAUGAAACUAUUCGCUCUGAGAUUUCUUGGCUGUUGUGUUGGCUGUGUCGCUGUGAUACCUAUGUACGAAGUGCCUUGGUUACUUCCCCUCUUUUGAGUGGGUAAUACAGAUACACAGGUGGAGCCAAUAACAAUAUCCUGAACAAAACACCAAAGUCUUCUUGAGCAGAGGAGGAAAGUGACGUGGACGGUUGGGUUAGGUGAUCCUUACCUUUCUGGUUUCCAAGAGGCUCACAAGGACAGCUCUUCCAGCUUGCAGGACUGGAGUCUUCAUGGACGCACUUUCUUCACCAGGGACAGCAAUGGUGCCGGUGAAUGGCGAUACAGCCGGACCUAGCUCCAGCCAGGAUGACUCAGCAGUCACCACGAAGAAGCGCAACAGGCCUCAGUAUCAUCCGUUUACUCAGCAACAGCUCCCAGCUUGCAAGCCUAUACUUGCGCCUCAGACAGUUAUUCCUGUACUUCUGUUUGUGGGCAUAGUUUUUAUCCUGAUUGGCCUGGGUUGCAUUGCAGCCUCAAAUAGGGUUGUUGAAGUGGUCUAUCAAUAUGAAACUUCAUGCAUACCAAGAUACAUGCUUGACAACAAAGUUGCAUAUAUCCAAAAUCCAUCUAUAGAUAAGACCUGCACAAGAAUUCUCAAGGUUCCUAAGGAUAUGAAGCAUCCAAUCUACAUAUAUUAUCAACUUGAUAACUUCUACCAGAACCACAGAAGGUAUGUGACGAGCCGUAACGACAAGCAGCUGAUAAAUCCUAAGGAGGCCAACAACACGCAGUACUGCAAGCCUGAAGCCACUGAGCAUGGGAGCCCCGUCGUCCCCUGCGGACUCAUAGCUUGGAGCCUGUUCAACGACACCUACAGCUUCGCCCGUGGCAACAAGGCGCUGAGGGUUCACAAGCGAGGCAUUUCAUGGAGGAGCGAAAGGGAGCACCUUUUUGGGAAGCAGGUGUUUCCGAGGAAUUUUCAGAAAGGGGCUCUCAUCGGCGGCGGUACGCUUGAUCCAAGGAUACCUCUGAGCAAGCAAGAAGACUUGAUCGUGUGGAUGCGAACCGCGGCGCUGCCGACGUUCCGGAAGCUGUACGGCAGGAUCCAGGUGGACCUCCGUGCCGGCGAGCUGAUAACGGUGACGAUGCAGAACAACUACAACACGUACAGCUUCGGCGGGAAGAAGGCGGUGGUGCUGUCCACGGCCGGCGUGCUGGGAGGCAAGAACAGCUUCCUCGGCCGCGGGUACGUCAUCGUCGGCCUGGCCUGCCUCCUGCUGGCGCUGCUCCUCACCAUGCUCUGCCUCGUCUUCCCACUGAAAGAGGAGCAUCUUGCGCUGCAGUACCCUUUGCCCCGGCCUGCACGGUGACCAUGCAUAGCCUAGAUGUCUACGGUGUACAGAUUGAAACAGUUUCUUUUAUAUAUACUGGGCCUGUUUGGUGUUUUCUUGCACACAGGAACAGCUAUAGAUCGAGCUGCGUCAUGUAAAUAUAUACAUGCGACAGAUUUUAGCGCUACAUGUAUUGAUGCUCGAUCAAUAGAAAAAAAUCAUUUCACUGCA